CCCCCCACCAACACCCUCAGUGAUACCUCCUCGCCCUGUCUGGUUGGCCUGAUGUGGUGCCCUCAUCUCCGGUCCUCAGGGGAUUCUCUGAGUCCACCCUCCAUGUCCAGGCCCCCAUGGCGGGCACGGCAGGCUGGGGGCAGGUGAGCGUGCAGGAACACAUGGCUAUUGACGAGCCCGGGCCCAUCCGGCCCAUCCACCUCAUUUCCAACUACUUCCCGCACUUCUACCCCUUCGCUGGGCCCGCCCUGCGCACCCGAGACCUACACCCUCCAGUGACCCCCACCAUCCGCUCUGCAUCCCAGUCCCAGCCGGACCCAGAGCCAGAGGGAGACUCAGACGACAGCACCACCCUCGGCACCCUCGAGUUAACUCUUCUUUUUGACACGGACAAUAGCACCCUGCACUGCACAGCUCACCGUGCCAAGGGCCUCAAGCCACCAGCCUUGGGCUCCGUGGACACCUAUGUCAAAGCCAACCUGCUGCCCGGGGCCAGCAAGGCCAGCCAGCCACGGACACGCAUGAUUCGGGGCACAAGGGGGCCUGUCUGGGAGAAGACUCAUGGCUUCACCCUCCAGCACGCCCGGCGCAACACCCUGCGGCUGUGCGUCUGGGAGGGCCCACGGCUGUGGCAACGGCGGCGGGCGCCUCCUGGGGAGCUGCGGGUGCCCCUGGGGAAGCUGGUGCCCAACCGAGCCAGGAGCUUCGAUGUGUGUCUGGAGAGGCGGAGGCUGACCAAGAGGCCCAAGAGCCUGGACACAGCUUGAGGCAGAGGCUGGAGCCAGUGGAAUUUGUCCCUGGAGGAGGUGGAGGCUGAGGUAGCCGGGGAGGAGCAUGGGUGCAUCCUGCUGUCACUGUGCUACAGCUCUCAGCGGGGCGGCCUGCGGGUGGGUGUGCUGCGCUGCACCCACCUUGCCCCCAUGGACGCCAACGUCUACUCGGACCCCUUCAUCUGUCUUCACCUGCAUCCAAAUGGAGGGAAGAAAUCGAAAUAUAAGGCCAGGGUUCGGAAGAAGCCCCUGAACCCUGAGUUCAAUGAGGAAUUCUGCGCAGGCCCAGGGGAGGAGCUGGCGCAGAAGACACUGCUGGUGUCCGUAUGGGAUUAUGACCUGGGCGCAGCUGACGACUUCACUGGCGGGGUGCAGCUGAGCAGCCAGGCCAGUGGGGAGCGCCAGCAGCACUGGCGCAAAUGCCUGGGCCGCAGUGACCAGCAGCUGGAGCUGUGGCACCCGCUGGACGGCGUGCCCCUCCAGCUCAGCGACUAG